AUGACAUCAACUAAUCAGAAGGAAACACAAAAAGUGAUCGUGUACCCAUCCAGGAGAAUAACUAACGAGGACGAUCAACAACACCAACAUCUUAGUAACUUUUUUGACAGUAAAACUUCUGCUGUAGGCAGCAACUCUCCUUUAUAUGAUGAGAAAGAAGGUUUGAAAGAGCAAUUAGAUAACCAGUUGAAAAUAAAUGCUGACCUGAAGAAGUUGUUGGUUGCUUCAAUUGGUGAUGAUCUUCAUAACAAAGUAGAGGCUCUAGUCAGAAAGGGACAUUUCGUCUUCGCCCAUGUUUUUUCUCCUAAUAAUAAUAAUAAUAAUACUCAUACCACGCCCUCGAGCUUGAAGUGUUUUGUAAACUUGAUGUGCUCUGUGAAAUUUCGCACAAACAAGACGAAAGUACAAUUGACAUCAGAAGUAAAUGCAUACACAAACAAGCUACUUGAAGAUUAUGAAAGCAUCGACAAACUUUCCAUACUAGUCGACAUGUGGUAUUCAAAAUUUCAAGCUUCCAGACUUCUUAUAAACCAGUUAACAUCAGAUAGAGAUACUCUUUUGAACUUGUACUUGCAAUCUAAGAAUGCCAUACAAUACACAAUUGACGAAAGACAGUAUCUUUAUAAAGUUUUGUCCGACACAAACAAGAUGCUUUUAGAUUUAUUAAAAAUGAGAAACGAUGACACGAACGCAAUGAGCACAUUGGAGCUGGUGGAGUACAAUAAAGUUCUAGUGGAAAAAUUAAACCCUAACCAACCUGACACCUCAUCGACAACUGAAUCUACAAAGUAUACUUGUGCCGAGCGGUUAGCAAAUGAGGUGAUUGACGGGAAAAUAAGCAUUAUGUCUCAGGAGAAUCAUAGACCGUUACCAAGGUUUCAUCCAAAAACAAAGUAUUAUGGCGUAACCUUCAAUUGCUGCAAAAAUUGUAAAGGAAAUGUUCUAAUAGUAUAA